CGGCUGAGACAGUUCAGUGGUGCGUCAGGCCCUUGUGACCAAUGCAGCCAUGUUCAGCUAGGAAAGGAAAGGAAAGGGAUACGGUCACCACAGCAGAUGAACCUUUCUGUAAUCGAUAAGGCUGGAUAUAAAUUUGUUGACCACUUUCGGAGGGAUAUUUCACUGCUUGAAAGGCUAUAAAAAGCCCCUGAAGACGGUCUACAGCGCUGUCUUUGCUGUGUUGGAAGUGAAGAGGCGGAAGAUCUUCUCUGGACAUCAUGGCCUCUCGCAAAAAGGUGCUGCUUAAAGUGAUCAUCCUCGGGGACUCUGGGGUGGGAAAGACCUCUUUAAUGAACCAGUAUGUUAAUAAUAAGUUCAGCAACCAGUAUAAGGCCACAAUUGGAGCGGACUUCUUGACCAAAGAGGUUAUGGUUGACGACAGGCUUGUCACCAUGCAGAUUUGGGACACAGCAGGGCAGGAGCGUUUCCAGUCUCUGGGCGUGGCGUUCUACAGAGGAGCGGACUGCUGCGUGCUGGUGUACGACGUCACUGCCCCAAACACGUUCAAGACUCUGGACAGCUGGAGGGACGAGUUCCUGAUCCAGGCCAGCCCCCGCGACCCUGAGAACUUCCCCUUUGUGGUGCUCGGCAACAAGAUCGACUUGGAGAACAGACAGGUUACAACAAAGCGAGCUCAGGCAUGGUGUCAAAGCAAGAACAAUAUUCCCUAUUUUGAGACCAGUGCCAAAGAAGCUAUCAACGUGGACCAGGCUUUCCAGACCAUCGCUCGCAAUGCACUCAAACAGGAGUCUGAAGUGGAGCCAUACGAUUUCCCUGACCAGAUCAAACUAAGAGAUGAUAGACCUGCCUCCUCUAGCGAUGGUUGCAACUGCUGAAGGAGAGAAAGCUAAACGGCGAGGGGCCGAAAGGAGGGAGAGAUGGCAGUGAUCCAGUAGAGGCCGAACCGUUACAAAGACGCCAACCACCUCCCCAGCCCCCCCCCCUUGCCCGCCAUGUUCGUCUUCUCCUUUAAGACCUCCAGGGUAUGAAAUGCCACGUGACAGCGUCCCUCUCUUUCCACACCCCAAGGAACACGUGGCAUAGUAAAACUGUCCGAGGAAACGGGAGAGAACAACUUCUUUCCUCCAGCAUAGCAUUACUUUUAAAACUACAACUCCCAGUAUCACUACUAUGCGUCAAAGACUGUCACUGCGCCCACUUUCUUUGUGCAAUUUUCUUCUUUCAAAACGAUCUUUCUUGUCUGCCAAAUCAUUGUGCCUUUCAUUCUGCAUCAUGCUUUCUAUAAGGCCAUUCAAACACCCUGUGUUUAUGUAUUUCUAUAUUCUGGUCAUGCAUUCCCUACUGUAUAAAUUGCACCACUGAUAAAGGUGUCAAACCCA